UUCUUAUUGUAUUAGUAAUACUAAAGACAUUCUUACGUAAGCGGAGUAAAUUUUUUCGAGAACCGUCUCAUGAAUAUCUGAUACUAAUCAACUUCAGUAUCAACCAUCAACAUGUUCAAGUUCGCCGUCCGUGCUGCCCGUGCCCCAGCUGCUAGAAUCUCAUUAGCUUCCCACUUCGUUAAGCCAGUCCGUUUCUACGCUGUUGCUCCAAUCUCCAGAGAAGAAGUUGCCACUCGUGCCUUCGAAGCUUUGAAGACUGUUGCUGCUUUGCAAGAAUCUAAGAUCACAUUGGAAUCCUCUUUCCAAAAGGACUUGGGCUUGGACUCUUUAGACACCGUUGAAGCCUUGGUUGCCUUGGAAGAAGAAUUCGACUUGGAAAUCCCAGACAAGAUCUCCGAUGAAAUCAAGACUGUCGGUGAAGCCGUCAACUACAUUUUCGAAGAAGAACAGAAGUUGUAAGCUAAUUGACGAUUAACGAAGAAGACUUGAGAUUGGUGUGAUUCUGGUGGUCCUAGUUUCGAAUCAUAUUUAAAGAUUGUAUAUAAUAAUGGAUUAUGAUAAUUCACUGCUAUGCAUCCCCAUCAGACUUAUGUAGAGAGUAACAGAUACU